UCCCAAUAACAAGUACUGUGGACACCAAUGUUUGUACCCCUGAAGUGUUUAUCUACGAUUUUAGCAGGUAGCAUGGCUUGAACGUAAGGAUGAGUGUAUUCCCCUAAGUACUGUUAAAAAGCAGUUGGCAGAAUUUUUUGUAACUUUACUCCGAAGUUGAUGUAAUUAAUGGAUCCAAAUAAAAGUACUUGAAAAACUGGUGUGCGUACCCAUUUUAUGCGCCGAUUCCUUGUGCGAAAAUGGUGAGGUACUUUGAACAAAGUUCGGUGUUCCACUAUACUUGGGAACAAGUUGCUCAAGGAUUUUGGAGAAGAUAUCCCAACCCGCACAGCAAUCAUGUUUUGAGUGAAGAUACAGUAUUCAGAGAAGUUCGGGACCAGAAGCUUUAUACAAAACGACUCCUUACAAAAACUAACAGAGUUCCUAAAUGGGGUGAAAGAUUCAUUAGUGGCAGAACAGUCAAAGUUGUUGAAGAGUCUGUUGUGGAUCCUAAGCAGAAGUUGUUGGUCACCUACACCAGAAACAUUGGAUAUGUCAGAGUUAUGAGUGUUAUAGAAAAGGUGACAUACAGAGUAAGCAAGGAAAAUCCGAACUGGACUGUAGCAGAAAGAUCAGCUUGGAUAGAUUCUCAAGUGUUUGGAUUUGGGCGUGCUAUACAAGCAUUUGGCGUAGAAAGAUUUCGCAAAAAUUGUCAGAAAAUGGUUUCAGGCUUCAAUUAUGUACUUUCUUCGUUGUUUCCUGUUGCAUCAAUCCCAUUAAGAGAGGAAACAAUGAACCAGGGCUUAGGAUCAACCAAGAAAGAUGCCCUCAAGGAUGCCGCUAAGAAGGCUACUGAUCUGGCAAAAUCAAAAGCUGGGACAAUUUAUGCUUCCUGCCAUGCAAACCAAACAUAGUUCACCUUUAUAAGAGAAAGGUUUAUGUUGCUGAUGUGCACAGGGAAGUUGUUUCCUGUACUGACAGCGUCAGCUGACACAGCUUAUAAGCCGAAGAAGUUAUCUUUGUAGCCUAGUUAAUUAAAAUUGUAGAAAAAUGUUACCAGAGUAAUUAUGUCACAGUGAAAGGUGAAAUAUACUUGCUACUUGUUUCAGAGUAAUUGCAUUUGAAUGAAACUUUCUGUGUUGUGUUUGCUGGCAUUUCAUAGCCACUUUGGAAUGGUGGAUGUUAUUGCUUCAGUGCAUUUAUUAUACACUAUUGGUGUAAAUAUGGCUACUUCUUGAUUCACAAAGAAGCGUAGGUAUAAAUAUCAAGACUUAUAUUUGUAGAAUAUUUCUAAUAACUUUCCAAGACUUUGCAGGCACAAAUGCUUACUAUAUUUUGCAUUUCAUACUGUCGGAUUAAAUGUUCAUUCCUGCAGAUUUGUUACAUAACACAGCAUGUAAAUUGCAUUCUGUCAUGUUAUAAGUAUGUCUUCAUCCAACACAUUAUUAACUUAAAGAGACUGCACACAGGCUGACAUACAUUCUGUUUGUAUAGUGUUGAUCUUUUAAAUAAAUUUUAUAGUUAGGAGCAAGGAAAUUUUGACUAUACUUUAUUGUUGUCAGGACUGUAUUUCUUGCUUGACUUUCUGCAGAGGAUCAAAUUAAAACUUUACAAAUAUA